AUGGCGAAGCAACAGCUUAUAGGAGUUUCGAUGAUAACAAUGAUGGAAAGGGUUGGGGACUUGGAAAAUGUCGACAGUCAGCAAAAAAUAGAAAUGAGGAAAGGAAGCCCAAAUAGAAGCAAAUUAGCAUUGGGGGAGCGCAUUACACACACCAAGCCUCCCUUCACCAUCACACAAAUCAAGAAAUCCAUUCCAUCCCAUUGCUUCAAUCGUUCCCUCUACCGCUCCUUCUCUUACGUUAUCUUCGACUCCAUCCUUCUCUCUACUUUUUAUUACGUAGCCACCACCUAUUUCCACACCCUUUCCGCCCACCCACUACUGCUUCACUACUUAGCUUGGCCUCUUUAUUGGCUCUCUCAAGGCAUUGUCUUCACCGGCUUCUGGGUCAUCGCUCAUGAAUGUGGCCAUCAUGCCUUCAGUGAUUACCAAUUCCUAGAUGACUUCCUUGGCUUCCUCCUCCAUUCUUCCCUCCUCAUCCCUUACUUCUCUUUCAAAAUCAGCCACCGCCGCCACCAUGCCAACACUGCAUCACUCCACCGCGACGAGGUCUUUGUCCCCAAGCCCAAAUCCAAAAUCCCUUGGUAUUUCAAACACUUAACCAACCCACCUGCUAGACUCUUCAUUAUUGUAAUGACCCUCACACUUGGCUGGCCAAUGUACAUAGCCUUCAACAAUUCAGGCCGAGUCUAUGAUAGAUUCACCAGCCACUACGAUCCAAACAGCCCAAUAUUCACCGAAAAGGAACGACUUCAAGUUCAAAUAUCCAAUGCCGGAGUCUUAACCAUUUUAUACUUACUUUACAAACUCGCAGUUACAAAAGGAAUCACGUGGGUCAUUCGCAUAUACUUACUGCCUUUAACGGUUAUGAACGUGUUUGUGGUGUUGAUAUCAUGUUUACAACACACACACUCUUCAUUGCCGUAUUACGAUUCUAGUCAGUGGGAUUGGCUGAGAGGGAAUUUGGUUACAGUGGAUAGAGAUUACGGGAAGAUUUUGAAUAAAAUGUUACAUAAUAUAACGGAUACACAUGUGAUUCAUCACUUGUUCCCUUCAAUGCCACAUUACAAUGCAGCGGAGGCGACGAGGGCGGUGAAGGAAGUGCUGGGAGAGUACUAUCAGUUUGAUGAGACGCCUAUCUUGAAGGCUGCAUGGAGGGAGUUUAGAGAAUGUGUUUAUGUAGAGGAAGAUGAUCAUGAGGAGGGGGACUCAGAAGCUUUUAGAAGUAAAGGGGUAUUUUGGUUUCGGAACAAGCUUUGA